GUAAAGAUGGAUUCCUACGAUCUGUUUCGCCGGCUCGGAGCCGGCGCCAAGUUCGACGUGAAGCGGUUCUCAGCAGACGCUACUCGAUUCCAGGUAGGAAAAAGAAAAUUCGGUUCUGAUUCUUCAGAGACCGUGAAGGGACUAGACUUCUUCGGAAACAAGAAAUCUGUCUCAGAUGAGUGUGGAGGAUUACAAACACAGCAGGAGCUCCAAAAUGAGGAGACAACAGAAGGGGGCCUGCUGGAAAGGAGUAAGGAGCCGAAGAAGAAAAAGAGAAAGAAGAUGACUGCAGACGUUCCUGCUCAAGAAGACCUUGACGGGACGAUACAGUGGACAUCCUCUGUGGAAGCAAAGCUUCAAGAUAAAAAAGCCAAUGGAGAGAAGAAAUUAACUUCAGAAAAGUUGGAGCAUCUCAGAAAGGAAAAGAUCAACUUCUUUCGGAACAAACACAAGAUACAUGUCCAAGGAACUGAUCUUCCUGACCCAAUUGCUACAUUUCAGCAACUUGAUCAAGAAUAUAAGAUCAGUCCUCGAUUGCUCCAGAAUAUUCUAGAUGCAGGCUUCCAGGUGCCCACACCAAUUCAGAUGCAAGCCAUUCCAGUUAUGCUGCAUGGUCGGGAACUUCUGGCUUCUGCUCCUACUGGAUCCGGGAAGACGUUGGCAUUUAGCAUCCCCAUUUUAAUGCAGCUGAAACAACCCACAAAUAAAGGCUUUAGAGCCCUGGUUAUAUCCCCAACCCGAGAACUUGCCAGCCAGAUUCACAGAGAAUUAAUUAAAAUAUCUGAGGGUACAGGAUUCAGGAUACAUAUGAUCCACAAAGCUGCAAUAGCAGCUAAGAAAUUUGGACCUAAAUCAUCUAAGAAGUUUGAUAUCCUUGUGACCACUCCAAAUCGACUGAUCUACUUGCUGAAGCAGGAGCCGCCAGGGAUAGACCUAACAAGUGUUGAGUGGCUGGUAGUAGAUGAGUCGGACAAACUGUUCGAAGAUGGCAAAACUGGGUUUCGAGACCAGCUGGCUUCCAUUUUCCUGGCCUGCACAUCCCCCAAGGUCAGAAGAGCAAUGUUCAGUGCAACUUUCGCAUAUGACGUUGAGCAGUGGUGCAAGCUCAACCUGGAUAACAUAGUUUCCGUAUCCAUUGGAGCAAGGAAUUCUGCAGUUGAAACUGUUGAACAAGAGCUUCUGUUUGUUGGAUCGGAGACUGGAAAACUUCUGGCCAUGAGAGAACUUGUUAAAAAAGGCUUCAAUCCACCUGUCCUUGUUUUUGUUCAGUCCAUUGAAAGGGCUAAAGAGCUUUUCCAUGAGCUCAUAUAUGAAGGUAUUAAUGUGGACGUCAUUCAUGCAGAAAGAACACAGCAGCAGAGAGAUAACACAGUCCACAGCUUCAGAGCAGGAAAAAUCUGGGUUCUUAUUUGUACAGCCUUGCUUGCAAGAGGGAUUGACUUUAAAGGUGUAAACCUGGUCAUCAAUUAUGAUUUCCCAACCAGCUCAGUGGAAUACAUCCAUAGGAUAGGUCGAACUGGAAGAGCAGGGAAUAGGGGAAAGGCUGUUACAUUUUUCACCGAAGAUGAUAAACCAUUACUAAGAAGUGUUGCCAAUGUUAUCCAGCAGGCUGGUUGUCCUGUACCUGAAUACAUCAAAGGUUUCCAGAAACUACUGAGCAAACAAAAGAAAAAAAUGAUUAAGAAGCCAUUGGAAAGGGAGAGCAUUAGUACAACUCCAAAAUAUUUCUUAGAGCAAGCUAAACAGAAAAAGGUUGCUGGCCAAAACAGCAAGAAGAAAGAAACUCUUAAAGGAAAAAGUUAAAAAUAAACACCCUGCAGUGCAAUUUAUGAACUCGGCAUGAAUUCUCAUGGAGUACCUACAACUAUCUUUACCAAACAUUUUAAGUCAACAAGGGUAUGAGAGAACAAAAUGGUCCUGAUUUAGUGACUUGUCAAGCUUCACUUUGUAAAUGGGAUUUAUACAAUGGAAAUAACAUGCAUUGACAUUUCUGCCUGAAUCUAGAGAGCUACUUCUUAUAGAAGAACAAAGCUGAUGCUAAAAUAACACCCAUGUGGUGAACUCUUAAGGAUUUUGCCCUUCAAGUGUGAAGGAAAGUGUGAUGCAUGCUGUGGAGAGGCAUCUGGAACAGAAUUUUAAAAUAAAACCUUGAGCUCGCA